CAAGAAAAUAAACAUGGCUGCCGCGCAGGAGCGGGUGCUGCAACUGCUCGCCUGGUCGAGGCGAUUUCUGCGCAGUGGCUUUGAACGGCAGCUCCGAACUACCGGUGUAGUCGACAGAGACCAAAAUUGUGAGCUCGAGCGCGUUCUGGGACCGUUCGAGGCGCACCUGAUUUCGAUCCAGAGCCUGCUCAUCUGGGAGAGACCGUACGUGAGCGCUGCAGCCUUUGUCGCGGUCAACUGUCUGUUUUGGUUGGUGGUGUCAUGCAGCAGGAGAUUCUACUCCUUUGUGGCUCUCAUAGCAGCUGUAAUAUUUAUGUACAAAACCUGGGUUGACAAGAUAUGGCCAGAGAUCCGUGUGCCUAUUCCAGAAGGAGAGGAGGAUAAUGAAGGGUGGACCCCCGUGCACCCUCAGGUCUUCAGUGUGCCCGAACUGAGCCGGUACAUCACAGACUGGUCCGAGAGCACAAGAAAGUGGGUAGCGAAUGUGAUUCUUCUACGAAAGACCAACCAAGGACUGUUCUGCUUUCUGGCGACAUCAACUUUUGCCAUGACGGCUGUGUUGGGAAGAAUGAUGUCUGGCGUCCUCAUACUGUACAGCCUGUUGAUGGUUGUUACCCUUGGCCCUGGAAUUGCUCUUUAUGUGAUACCAGACACAUGGUAUGAACAGUUUGAUGCGCUUGUGAGAAUUGCAUCUGGGAAGCCGCCAAGGAGGAAGCUGCAAGGUGAUGGUGGUGGUGAGGUGUCUGUUCCCACUAACAAUGAAGAGGAAGACGAGCUGGAGGAGUUUCUACCCAAGAUGGACAAACAGGUUUUAGCAAAGCAGUUCAGCCUUUCUCUCGAGUCUGACACAAAGUCGAGCACGCACAGCGAAACAUCGCUUAUGCCUGAAGGUCUUGCCACCGCACCACCUCUUGAUUCCCUGGAUGAAGAGGCUCACUUCUAUGAAGGGAUAGACAGCUUUCCAGGCUAUGAUGAAGACACGGACCUGGACAGCUUUCUGCCCGAUGCAACGACCAUGCCAUCGCUGAGCGAAGUGUGCGACUCCGAAGAAUUCCUUCCCCCCAUUGCGUCCGCGUCGUCGGCACCCAUGCAUUUUUCUGCAUCACACUUCAAGGUGGACAGCUCCGACUCUGAGGGCGACGACACGCUUGUCAAAGCUCUGUCCUCAUCACGUCGGCCGGCCCGACAGCCUGAGGCAUCCAAGUCACGCCCACUCGCUGUUGGUCCUCGCACCUCCCGACACAGCUCCCAAGGUAGUGACAUUGACAUUGACGAAUACGAGGUGGUGGACGAGAGGGAGGUUCCACAUUUGUGAUAAUAAACCCACUCACUGCUCGCGUGUGUGUGCACCCUGUGCGAUGCCCUGUGCACUCCAUGGAGGGGUGGUGAAGAGGGACUGUUCACCUUAUUCCUUUCUACAUCAUUUGCUUUCCUUUCCUCUGUGUUUCUCAAAAACUUGUUAUUCCUAGCUCAUAGUCUUCAGUGCAAGCCCUUUUGUUAUGCUUGUAAGCAAGUGCAUGGCAGCUGUACUGUGUUAUUAGUGCUCUGGUUUGAUUGCAUGUUACAGCAGCUGUAGCGAGCGUGAGUUGCCAUUGAUGAUUGGCUACGUCAGCCUUUGUACCUGCUGGUAAUUGGUCAUCAGAGCUCACCUUGACAAAGCUAAUGUCUGAACAUCUCUACGAAGCCAUCUCCAUGCAGCUGUAAGUCUGAUAGCAAAAUCAAAAUUAUGACAAGCUCGUCAUUACUUUUCCUAUACCACCCGGUCGGGUGUGACUUUCUCUUAUUGUACUUAUGGCCCCAAGCAGCCUAUAGAUUUCGGCUGUUGUAUAUUCACUUCAGAAACAAUGUGGGUUCAUUUCACUCUCUAUUAAUUUGCAUUAUGACUGGCUGAGGAGCCCUUAAGCUUUUGAGGUGAAACACCUCAUCAGUAUUUUAAUAGUACCUGUACAUAUAAGCAAGUAUAGUCGCACUGGAUACCACAUAGCUCCCACACUCUUGGUAGGCACCAUAAUAUCAUUCCCCAUUACUGAAGUGACGCAAUGUCAAUACUUCAAUGUGUCGUAAAGUCCGUGAGCUCCCCUGUCGACAACAUCGAUACACAGUUGAGGCUAUACAGUUUUCAAAGAUCUCAUGACCUUGAAGUCUAGUACAAUAAUUUAAACUUCGUACAUCAUGGACAAGAUGAGAAUUUUUGGAUGUGGCACAAGCUUUUCUGUGUUGGUCCUCUAUCGCUGGUUACAUUGCUCGAUACAUUACGAGCACACUUAGUCACUCUAGCUGAAAGAAAUUUUUUAAAUGUUUGUCUAUAGUACUGCUAGAGUGUCUCUGCUAGACAACACAGAGUGCACAAUAUGGCACUGUUUGCUGCUUUUGUGCAACACAUUUAUGUAUUGAUAGUCUUGUGCAUGGAAAUUGUACUAACGUUACCCUCGAGCCCUUUGAUUUGAGCGUGUCUGUUUUGUUUUUCGGUGGGGCAUGAGCAUGAUUCACUUCUUGCAUGUAAACGGUGCCUUGGCCAUUUGUUUAUUUUAUCGCUUAGUUGGGGGCGCUACAUGUGGUUUUGUCACUGAGUGGCACUCAUCAGUGCUGUCGUGCCCAUUAUCAAAGAACCGUUUUUGUGCUUGUCUGUAUGUCCAUAUUGAGAUUAAGAUUGACGCUGUGUAUUCCUGCCAUCAUCUUCACACCACAAAUGUAUGCAGAAUUUAUACCAGAAAAUAAGACUCCUAUCACAUGUGCAAGUUUUCCCACUUUUUUUUGUCAUUCACGAAUGAACGGCUUUGUUAUAAUUUUAAGCAUCGCCCACAGCGUGAAACUUUAAAAGAAACUGUAGGGGUUAGUAGCAGAUAGAUUUAGUUUGAUUUUAGAGUGAAGAAUGAUAAUGUAUUUAGUGUGUGACCAGUUAGCAGCCACACAGUAAUGAUGAAAUGAGAAAUCAUGAGGCCUAAAAACCUGAAAAUUAGAACAGCCAUAGCCAUUUCUACUGAGUACACUUGUGUUCCACCAGUCUUGGUCAGCAUUUGAACCCAAGCCAUCUUGGCAUAACAAAACAUUUUCGUUUGAUCAGCGAAACAGGGGCAUUAAUCUUUGUGUUCGCAACAGGAAAAUAUUUUCUCUUUGUGUUAGCUGCUUUACCAAAGUAGCGUCGUGGUUCCUCACAAUAUAUUCUUCACGUUUUUCUUUGGAAAGCUUUACUAGUACUGUGCAUUUGUUGCCAUCGAUGACACUUGGCCACAUUUAAUGAGAACACUGACGCCAUAAAGGCAACCACAGUACCUACAUCCCAGGGUAACUUUCAACAAGCUAGAGCUGCUAUGUUUUGUUAUUGUUUGCUUUUUCUUUUUGAGUUUUUAGCACUGAGAGCUGUGAUUUCAUAUUUUAUAUGCAUAACCCAUCAUGCUAGCCACCACCCCACCUUUCAUAGAAGGUUGCUGGGUGUUGGUGGCAGCAAGUUAUAUUGUUUGCUGCAAUUUGUUUUAAGAAUGCUUGCGGUGUCACUACCAGCUUGUUUUCGCUUUGAGAUUUAUACUGUCUGGACUUGCAGGUUGUGGCCAUUUUUUAGAUCUACGUUGUUCAUGCUUAGUGUACCCAUUUCAUCACACACACACACACACACACCUCAUCUAUGUCAUUGCAUUGUGCAGUGAACAUAUAUUAACACCUGAAAGAAACCGGGGGAAAAGAAAAUUAUUACAGCGCAUGCUGUAACCGAUUUAUUUUAGGUGCCAUGGCAGUAUUACUUUCACAGUCUACACAUUUAGAACAUUCUGCUGAAGCUUUUCUGCCUUGUAUUCAGCAUGCAGUGUGCUUCAUAUAAACUAGAUAAAAGCACUGUGGUUGCUUUUAUUUACCAAUCUGGCUUUAAAGAAUGCUAAGCAUUUAGCAGCCCAAGAGUUUAUUCAGCAACUGUGAGAAGUGCUUAGUGUUGUGACCAAUACACAGAUUGAUGUAGAGCCAGCUGUGUACAUUUUUGUAUGGAGCACUCACGUGGCUAAAUAUUCAAAACGAAAUGCAAGCUUCACUUUGCAAUCAAGGUAGGCGAUGGAAUGCAAGGUGAAGAAAAGCUGCUCGCAGAACCCCAUCAUCUAUGGCUUGGUAAACAUUGGCACGGACAGCAAAUGCCAGCAAAUUCGAGCAAUUCUCUUCAAAUCCCCCUGAUUCAAUGGUCUAAGUAAUGCGAAAUAUUUCUGUCGGCUGUCGCGACAAAAGCUGAAUUCAGUUACCGACACAUUCCGUUUCUGCGUUCCCUGUCCAAAUUUGGUAACAAAACGAAAAAAAAAAAAAAAAUCUUGGUCUAGACAUAAAGUUUUGUACUUACACAGGUGUCGCGACAAAAAAAUGCUCUGCAAUAAGAACGAUUGGACAGCUUGACCUGCAGUCACCGUAGUUGCUUUUCGAAUAUGUACAGGUGAAGUGAAGGUCACGUCGAUGUUAGUCGAAAAGGUUUGUGAUGCAUUUUGUGUGAGUGCUGUCGUGUCGCUGUUUGGUGUGUAGCUGUAAUGUGGGCAUUUGUAUUCUGCUGUCUUUUUCAAAGUGUCACAAAGUGAGAACGUUCCUUCGUGCACGAGAACUGGUGAUGUGCGUCGGGACCUUCGAUAACCCAAAGAACAGAUUGUGUGAGUUGCCUUGAUACUAUAUUUUUUUUCUCCUGUACGUUUUCAUUGCCCUUUCCCCCCCCCCCCCUGCAUUUCUACUGUACUAAUGACACUUUGCACAUAAAUGUGUUCCACUUUGUCUUAGUAAGGAUAAGCUAGCGAUUGCAGUUAUUUACAUAUUAUCUAUGGUUUUACUUGUAUGCACUUGUUGUGAUGAGUUUCUUUACCAACCUCAGAACUGCACAGUCAUGGUUUUUUCAUUUUAUUUUUAUCACACCUGUAUGCUAGUCGCAACUUGGGCCUGCAUGUGCACUUGCAACAUGGUCGAGUGUCACAGUAGACCUGCCAUGUUUUUUAGCCAAAUCGAAAUUUUUGUUUGCCUAGAAAUUACUCCUUCACUGUCAAUCCAGAAUCUCAUAUUCGAUUCUCUUGUGCAAUAGCCCCCCACAAAGCCUCCUGGCUGAAGUGUCGCGAGCAACUGGCACCACCUGCAGGACUCUUGACGAAAACAAUAAUAUUGGCCCUCCAGCAGUUAUGGUGCAGGAUUGGGUUGCAGUAUCCGUCAAUGUGUGGAUGUUUGAUAGAUUACGGCAAACCAGGCAUCGUAGUGAUACCAGCAGAGACCUAUAUUUGAGUGCCUUGUACAUAAGUGAACAAUAAAAGGAAGUAUUUCAAAACUU